UCUCGUCAUACUGUCAACAAGCACAGCAUCAAUCCUCCAUCUCCUGUCCCUCACGGUCAACGACACCUGCAGCUUCCCGGAUGACGAGUGACGUCAACGAGCCAUCUUUGUUCAUCUAAUCCGAGCAUCUAUUUUCUAUGUGUACAUAGUGACAGAAGAGAGUAGCGGUAGAGCGCCCUUAUUCUAAAGAAAAUAACAGCGAGGCGCGGCACACCGCUGCAAAUACAUAAAUACAAACCCUCAAAGAAACAGAACAAAAAACAAGGAAUAAUACCGCUUUACUAGAAUAACCUGGAGAGUGCAUUAUUUAUCCCGGAGACGGGGAGAAACGCCUGAAGCAGCGCGUCCAUCCACACACGUCUUCUAGACGCACAGAAACCCCGGUUCACAAUGUCUGCCCCAGGCCCAGCAGGUGCCCCCGCCCCAGAAGGAGGUAGCCAGGGUCCCCCUAACCUCACCAGCAACCGUCGCUUACAGCAGACACAGGCUCAGGUGGAUGAGGUGGUGGACAUUAUGCGUGUGAACGUAGACAAGGUUCUGGAGAGGGACCAGAAGCUGUCAGAGCUGGAUGAUCGGGCUGAUGCCCUGCAGGCUGGAGCCUCACAAUUCGAGACCAGCGCUGCCAAGCUCAAGAAUAAAUACUGGUGGAAGAAUGCCAAGAUGAUGAUUAUCCUGGGGGUGAUAUGCGUGAUUGUCCUCAUUAUAAUCAUUGUGUACUUCAGCACCUAAAGUGCGAUGUUCCUACCCCACUCUGAGCUCAUGAACGCCCAAUCCUAAGCCACAGUAAAAUCCCUCCCAAAAAAGAUGAGAAAAACGACUUCUCACAACAAUCAAUUUAUUUGCCCCUUCCUGAGCCCCCUUGCCCCCUGCCUCCACUGCCUCGCACCUGGGCCCCUGUCACUCGUUCGUCCUGUCCGUGAGUGUGUGGCCAUGUCUCUUCUGUAAAUACCUCCGGCUUUUCUGAAAUACUGUUCAUACUCCAAACUCCUGAUUACUUGUGACAACCGAAAAAAAAAAAAAAAAGAAAUCACAGCCCUUAGAAUGCGAUUAUACAGUAUAUAUUCCAAAUGUUCUUUGUAGAGUUUUAUUCUGAUAUAAUGGUUUUUGUAGUUUGUGUGUGAGUGUGCAUUUGUAUAUUUUUUAAGUUUUGUAAAACUUAUUUUGCUUCAGGUUUAAACUACUGCCUCUUAAUCUGGGUGUUUGUAUCUUGCACGCUCUGUUUCACUCUUUCUUGCUCACUGAGUAUCUGGUGUAUUUUUGCACAAGCGAUCGACUCCCUUAACUGAGGUACUGAAUCAAUAUCCCCAGUUUGUUCUUUGUCACAUGCACCCUAUCUCAGACCUACACAUUGCCCGCUCAACCCCCUUUCUCCUUCUUUCUCUUUCUUUCUUUUUCUCACCAAUAGUACUUACUUUCUUAGUGAACUGCCACAACAGACCAAUGACUGUAGAUGUUUAUCUUAAUUUAAUGUCUUCAGUGUCUUAUCUCUUAAACAUUCCUUAAUAGCGGUGUCGAAUUAUGCUGUCUAUCAAACAUAGUAAGCGUAUUUAUCUUAAAGGAUUCCAAAACAGGUCUUAAACUACCUUGAGUAACUGUAACGCAGUCAAACUAGGUUUUGACAGGGAUGUCGAAGCUAAUAAUCGCACAGGGGUCGAUUGCGCAGUACAUGGAAAGAUUUCAGAGUGUUAGUGCUUUUCGAAUGGCUCAGGAUCAGAAUUCCCCGAUUCAUUCUCCUGGUAAAGAUUUCGAAGCCCAGAGAGAUUCAAGGCUAGAGACCGAACAAAAAUUGGAAGUAGUAUCAUGCACAGAAAGCUUGUUUUCGAAGGCGCCUUUUAACUGGUUAGACUGCAGGUGCGAAUGAGAGCGAACCACGCGCUGUGUUACUCCCUCACAGCAGAACUACUGCCAAACUGAUUCAUUCGUCUGAAAGCACACAGGUUGAUAUUAAUACUUCAACAUGAGGUAGGCCUAGUUUCCACAGCUGUGGUUCUCUCUUAAAUCUAGAUACUGCCUUUAAUUUAGUCUUUCUUUUGAUUUUAGGUAUAGAUUGUAUUAUAAUUUUGUCUGUGAAGCAGGCAGGAAAGGGACUACUUAGUUUCAGGACUUGGCUUUGCUGCCAUGUGCUCAGCGAGCACCUUUGUGUCCCUCACUAUUCUCCACCUCUCUGCGUGCCUGUUUGUCAAGUUCAGCUGUAGUUUACACACUGCCAAGCACCUGAGGGGACUUUUUUUUCUUCUUGUUUUUUUUCUUCCUGGUUUGCUUCCGUGAAUAUAUAUUUAUACAUAUGCCUCCAUCAGCAUCACUUUUCAGUCUCAUCCGCCCAAUCUGCCAACAAGAAGCGAGCCAGGCGUGAAGUGUGCAUCUGCACGUGAACACCACCACCCUUCCCAUUCAUGUUUCUAAGUUAGCGUCAUUAGCAUUUCUUCUUUCACACAUGAUUCGGUUUGUAGCUGCUAGUUGCAGUCUGUGUGAGUAUUUCGGCUCAAUCGUAAUUUUUUAGGCUGCUUAGACCUCGGCAGGUAAAGAAAGGCUGUUCCCGUGGCAACCUGCUUGCAUUAACAGGGGGAGGGUGUAGAUUAGCUGAUUGAUUGUGACAGGAGGCGGGGCUGUUAAGGGUGGAGCUAGAGGCAUUAUUCCACUGGUGUGUUUUUACAUUCAAUAACAAUUAUCCGUAUGGAAAAGCCUGGUGUUUGGAGCAGAAUGAACUGUAAUCUUUUGUAUUUAUGGUUUCUGACAAGCAAACUAUUUUUAAUUUCAUUCAUUUACUCAUUUUCAUUUCAUUUUUCUUCUUUAAAAGGAGAUGGCCUUAGUUCAUUUCAUUUUUUUUUCUAUCCCUGCAUGCUCAUUCACUCCUUUGUCCCACUCAUGUUGAGCUA